AGUUGCCAAUUGCGCCAGCAGAGUUAGUGAACGACCUUCUUGGCCGGCAUUGUAUGAUAUCCCUUCCGAAUUGUGGUUAUCCAACCAGCAACAGCCAGAUAUAAGGAGAUUAGAAAGGCCGAUACGUUGCCGGCAAAGACUUGACAAACUGCAACCAGCAUUCAAAUACAGCAUACAUCUAGACCGUCAACUUCGCAUUCGCUGUCGAAAUGAAACGACCUACCGUCGACUACGCAAACGAUCCCUACACAUGGGACAAUAUCUCAGGAUGGAAACAAUACCGCUCCUUACGCCCCUUUCGAGGCAUGUACCACGACGUCCGACGCCGACUGCCAUGGUACUGGACCGACAUCACCGACGGCAUGACCUACCGCACUUUUGCCGGAUGCAUACGCAUCUUCUUCGUCAACCUCUUACCCGCAAUUGCAUUUAUCCUCGACAUGCAACGACGCACCAACGGUUUCUUCGGCAUCAAUGAGGCUCUCUUUUCCUCAGCAUUGGCGGCGCUGGUAUUCAGUCUCUUCUCAUGCCAACCAUUGACCGUCGUCGGUAUCACUGGUCUCAUCUCACUGUUCAACUACACCAUUUACGACAUCGCCAAGUCGUACGGUCGCGAAGACAUAUAUCCCCAGUUUCUGUGCUGGUGUGCCAUCUGGGCUGCGAUCACGCAUUGGGUGGCCGCCGUGCUGAAUUGGUGCGACUAUAUGCGAUACAUCACUGACUUCUCUUCGAAUGCUUUCGGCAUGUACGUCGGCAUCAUCUACAUGAUCAAAGGCGUCGAGGAACUGGUCGCCGGUUUUCAGGAGCCAGGCUCAUCGUGGGCGGCUGGUUAUUUGGGCAUUGUCAUUGCGCUGUGUUACUGGGCGAGUGUGUACUUUCUCGAGGCCAUGGGUGGGACGACGUACCUUACACCGGUCACCCGCAAGCUGCUGGCAGAUUUUGCCUACCCCAUCGCCACGAUCUGGUGGACAGGCUUCUCUCACAUACCUGGUCGCAUCAAGUCCACAGGCCUGCUUCGGCUCGAACACACUCCCGCUUUCUAUCCAACCACUGACCGCUCAUGGCUGAUCGACUUCUGGAACUGCCCCGUUGAUUGGAUCUUCGUAGCUCUACCGAUCGGCAUCCUAAUCACUCUGCUCUUCUACUACGAUCAUAAUGUCUCUUCACUAACAGCGCAAGCGAAGCAAUUCCCUCUCACCAAGCCCGCCGGCUUCCACUGGGACUUCUUCCUCUUAGGCAUCACCUGCUUUAUCGGCGGCAUCAUCGGCAUCCCGCUCCCCAAUGGCCUCGUUCCUCAGGCGCCCGUACACACGGACAGCUUGACCGAAUAUGUCGACAAUCUCGCCCGCAGCCGAGAGCAAGACUACGAACCCUCCGAAGGCGAAUGGCUGCAGCACAACAAAAAGGUUGUCCGCGCCACCAAAGUCCACGAGCAGCGCCUUAGCCACUUCAUCAUGGCGCUGGGCUUCGUCGGACUUAUGACGGGCCCGCUGUUAAUCGUGCUGCAUACCAUCCCUCGCGCGCUGUUCGGCGGCGUCUUCUUCGUUGUCGGCUGGGGCAGUAUAGAGGGCAUGAACAUCACCUCGAACGUUCUGUACAUCCUUCGUGAAAGCCGCUACAUCGAUCCGCAAGACCCUCGCACGACGCUGAAGAAGAGCCGGAUUGCUUACUACGUCUUCUGGCAGAGCAUUGGCGUGGCGGCUAGUGUGGCUAUUUCGCAGACCAUCGGGGCUAUUGGGUUUCCGGUUAUUAUUGUUAGUUUGAUUCCGUUGCGGUGGUGUAUUCUGCCGCGUAUCUUUUCGGAGCAUGAGCUGCUUGUCCUGGAUUCACCGACGGCGGAUGCAACUGUGGUGUUGGCUAGCAUGGGCGGGCAGCCGACUCUGCCGGAAGUGAAGUUGGCGGAGCAGAAGCGGAGCGAGAGAGGUGAGGAAGAUGUCGAUGGGGCUGGUGGUGUUAGUAGUGGGACGAGCAGCCAAGGAACAGAGGGUAUUAGGUCAAGGGAGAAGUUCAAGGAUGAUGAGGAGAAGGAGGUAGGUCGUUUAAGGAGGGAGCGGGAGACAGAGGGUGGCGUGCAGGCUACGCUUCGGACAGGGCAUGCAUAGCCAGAUCGCUUCAUAUGUUACAAGCUACAUUGGCACGCUGUGUCGAGCCCUGCAGCCUCAAUAGCCACGUUGACUGGCACUGUGCCAAUCGUCCGAUGUCAACCACCGGGCACCGUCGCUAUGCAUUCGCU